AUGUCGUUAGAAAUUACCAAUAACAAAAAGUGGCGAAAUUUGAGAUGUAUUCUUGAGCGCUCUGGUCCAUUCCAGCGAUCGGAAUUCGAACCAUCUGAUGAACUUUUAAACAUGGUUAGAGAACAUGUAAAAAUUCUUGUCAUUGGUGCUGGUGGCUUGGGUUGUGAACUCCUGAAAAAUCUUGCCAUGAUGGGAUUUUGUCAUCUGGAUGUAAUAGAUAUGGAUACAAUUGAUAUUUCCAACUUGAAUAGACAGUUUUUGUUCCGACCACAAGAUGUCGGUAAACCUAAGGCGGAUGUUGCUGCCGAGUUCAUCAUGCGUCGUGUUCCAACAUGCAAGGUUAUUCCACACUACAAGAAAAUCCAAGAUUUUGACGAAUCGUUUUAUCAGCAAUUUAAUGCAGUUGUUUGUGGUUUGGAUUCAAUUGUAGCCAGGCGGUGGAUCAAUUCUUUACUAGCAGGUUUAGUGCGUUAUGAUGCCAAUGGUCAACCAGAUCCAAACACGGUGAUACCACUUGUAGACGGUGGGACAGAAGGAUUCAAAGGACAUGUUCUCGUUGUUUUGUAUGGUUUAACUGGAUGCCUAGAGUGUACACUUGAUCUGUACCCUCCUCCAGUCAAUUUCCCUUUAUGUACUAUAGCUCAUACUCCCCGACUUCCAGAGCAUUGCAUAGAAUAUGUGAGAGUAUUGUUAUGGUCAAAAGAGAGUCCUUUCGGAGAUGAUGUUGUAAUCGAUGGUGAUUCACCUGAACAUAUACAAUGGAUAUAUGAAAAAUCAUGUGAAAGAGCUAAACAUUUUGGUAUAUCCGGUGUUACUCUACGUCUUGUACAAGGUGUUAUAAAACGAAUCAUUCCUGCUGUUGCUUCUACAAAUGCUGUCAUUGCUGCUGUAUGUGCAACUGAGGUCUUUAAACUAAUCACAUUCUGUUAUAAUUAUUUAAAUAAUUAUAUGAAUUUCAGUGAUAUUGAUGGGGUCUACACAUAUGGAUUCAGUGUUGAACGUAAAUCUGAUUGUCUUGCAUGUAAUAAUUUUCCACGAAAUCUUACAUUUCAAACAAAAUCAACAUUGAGAGAUGUUAUAGAAUUUUUGAAGAUCAAUCCUGAAUUUCAAAUGCAAUCACCUAGUAUAACAACAAUCUGUAAAGGUGAACAUCGUUCAUUAUUUAUUGAUCUUCCAGAAUUAGCUGAUACACUGAGACCGAAUUUAUCUAAAACUCUUCAAGAACUUGAUCUAAUGCAUGGUCAAUUGAUUCAUGUCAGUGAUGUUACUACACCUAGAACACUUUCUUUCAAGUUAUACUUGAAUGAUAAACUUAAUACAGGGGAAUCAAUGAUUAUGAAUUAA